GCGGGAACACGGCAGGCCGUGCCGGCUUUCCGGAGGGUACCGGGCCGGCGUCCCGCCCCGCGCGCGCGCUGCGUAAACACGCGGUUCCCUCGGCAACGCCGCGAACCCGCGCGCGCCCAGGGCUUCGCCGGGUCCCAGGCUCCCACCACCGCUCCGGCCUCGCCCGGCUCCCCCUCCGGCCGCGCAGCCGCCUGCCCCGGGGCGGCGGGAUGAACAGACCCGCGGCCGCCACGGAGCCCCAUGGAGGAGCAGCCGCCGCCGCCGCCGGCCCGCCCACCAGCGAGCAUGGCCUGGGCUGGCAGCCCGCCGCCCGGCGCCCCCUCCGCGGCCGGCUCUCCUGGCGGGACGCCCUCCGCGGCGACGGCGGCCGCGCUCGCCUUCAGCACCGUGGCGACCGCGGCGGCCGCGGCGCUGGGGAACCAGAGCGAGGGGAGCGGGGGCGGCAGCGCCGGCGCCGCGGGUGGCGGCGGGCGCGGCGGGCCCGGGGCUGCGGGCCCGGCGCGGGCGGCGGGGGCGGCGGGGAGGCCGCACGGCGCGGCGGUGGCGGUGCAGGCGCUGGUGCUGCUGCUCAUCUUCCUGCUGUCUAGCCUGGGCAACUGCGCCGUGAUGGGGGUGAUCGUGAAACACCGGCCGCUGCGCACCGUCACCAACGCCUUCAUCCUGUCGCUGUCGCUGUCGGAUCUGCUCACGGCGCUGCUGUGCCUGCCCGCCGCCUUCCUGGACCUCUUCACGCCGCCCGGGGGCCAGUGGCGCGGCUUCUGCGCCGCCAGCCGCUUCUUCAGCUCCUGCUUCGGCAUGGUGUCCACGUUCAGCGUGGCGCUCAUCUCGCUGGACCGCUACUGCGCCAUCGUGCGCCCGCCGCGGGACAAGAUCGGCCGGCGCCGCGCGCUGCAGCUGCUGGCGGGCGCCUGGCUGGCGGCGCUGGGCUUCUCGCUGCCCUGGGAGCUGCUCGGGACGCCCCGGGAGCCGGCGGCGGCGGCGGCGGCGCAGAGCUUCCACGGCUGCCUCUACCGCACCUCCCCGGACCCCGCGCAGCUGGGCGCGGCCUACAGCGUGGGGCUGGUGGUGGCCUGCUACCUGCUGCCCUUCCUGCUCAUGUGCUUCUGCCACUACCACAUCUGCAGGACCGUGCGCCUGUCGGACGUGCGCGUGCGGCCCGUGACCACCUACGCGCGCGUGCUGCGCUUCUGCAGCGAGGUGCGCACGGCCACCACCGUGCUGCUCAUGAUCGUCUUUGUCAUCUGCUGCUGGGGACCCUACUGCUUCCUGGUGCUGCUGGCCGCGGCCCGCCAGGCCCAGGCCUCGCAAGCGCCCUCGCUGCUCAACGUGGUGGCCGUCUGGCUGACCUGGGCCAACGGGGCCAUCAACCCUGUCAUCUAUGCCGUCCGCAACCCCAACAUUGCCAUGCUGCUGGGGCGCAGCCGCGAGGAGGGCUACCGGACUAGGAACCUGGACGCUUUGCUGCCCAGCCAGGGCCCCGGGCCGCCGGCCAGGAGCCUCCAGCGCCUCCGGAACCGCUGCGGCAAGCGGCUGGGGGCUUGCAGCAGAAGGACCCCUUCCAACCCGGCCAGCGGGGCUGGAGCGGACGUGGCCCUGUGGGCCCGGAAAAACCCAGUUGUGCUUUUCUGCCGGGAGGGACUCCCAGAGCCUGUGACAGCAGUGGCCAAAGCGCCGAAGCCGGAAGCCAGGGAUACCAGCUUCUAGCAAGGCCGGGGUGGACAAGUGCCACCCGCUCCGAUGAAUGACGCGGGAUCCCCGGGAGAAUCGUGGCCGUCCAUGAGAAAAGCCUUUAAAACUAAAGAGACAGAGGCAGAGGGUUACCGCGUCCCCGCAGCGACGGAGAAGACAGCGCCCGCUUCUUAAAAAGUGCCCAAAGGAAUGUAAAAUGCAAAAAUUAAAACCAUCUUAAACCACACAACCAAGCUUGUGCGCUCGAAGUGCCAAAAAUGACAAAAAUAAAAUUCACCACCACUGAAAAGUUUGUGUUGCAGGAAUCACACUGUGAAACAAACAAGGAGUCGCGGAAUGCAACCUUACCUAGGGUUUCAGGCGAGAACAGAGACGCCCAGAGCCGUUGAAGCCCCCUCUUAAUCACCAGCAUUCAACCAGACGUCAGAUCGAGAACUCGCACCUCUGACACGUGCUUCGGGUGCUUAGGCCCUUACACACACCGGUGUAUGUCUCCCCCACACACCCCCCUGAUACUUGUGGGAAAUUUUAAAUUCAAAUCCUAUUUAAAGCCGUUUUUAGGAUUUUUGAGAAGGUGGUCUGUUACUAUGUACGAUUCAGUCAUCCGCAGGGCAAAUACAAAUGUGGGCAUAAAGAAAUGUGGCUUUUUUUUUUUUUAAAGUAUUCGCAGCCUUUCCACCCUCCCCGCCCCCACAAUUACCUGCUUCUGGAAGCUUCCAGGCUUUAAUGUUACUCUAAGCUGCUACUUUUUAUUUCUGACGAUUUCGGGGACGCCAGUCAGAAUGCUUUUGCAUUUUGAAAAAGUGAUAUUCAAAGCAGAAAAAAAAAAACCUCUGCCUUUUGAGGUAAGUUUUAUUGUUGGGUACAGCCAAAAAUGUUCAUUUAAAGCUGAGUUGAUUGAAUAAGGUGAGUGAUGCCACUUUUAGUGUUAAAAGACAGAGAGCACUCCGUGAAGUAACAGUGCGGCUGGCUCCCCGGCGGCUUCUAACUUCUAACUUUCGGGUGAUUCCGAAGCGGAGUUCUAAAUAUAUUUUGAAAAGAGACCAUGUUCUUGGGUAACUCCUGAACUUUCCGAGAGAAUCAUACUUUCCUGCAUUUGGAAGAAUGGAUAUGUUGUUAGAAAAGAAAAUAGACGGGUUUUGCUUUAUAGACAAGUCUGAAACAAUGUGGUCUUUAUCAGAAAAGGGGAAUUGGUGUGAUGUUAUUACAUGUAAUAGGGUAUCAGAAAACACAGGCAUAAUGCCAGAAAGAUACUUCAGGAAAACUGAAGGUACCUUCAGAAAUGUUGCAAAACAAAAGUUUUUUACAGUAAUUUAAAAGCACAAUUCAGGAUUCGUGUAUGUGAAAUUUCCAAUAUCAAAUGCCACUAUGAACAGAAUCGUCUGCUCGGAACUUAAAAGAUGGUUUGUGUAUUCUCCCUCUUUCUGUUCCCUCCUGCACCCUAUCCUUUUGUUUUUCAGUGUUUCACAGCCUUAAUAAGUUUUUGGAGCUAGUUAUGAAGACAUCAGCUAUCAUAUGAAAAUUUCAUUGUGAAAUAGCCAGCGUUUUUUCUUGUGAAGUAUUUGAAGAUGUUUAUUAAUAUUUAAGUCUUUGUGUGA